UACGUUUAGUAAAAUUUUGAAGAAAAAGAAAUUAAAAAAUUUAAUUAAUAUUAUUGGCUUUAUAUAUUAACUCUCUUAAACACAGUAAAGAUAAAUAAGCUCAUUCAUAGUAAAGUUUAAUAUAAAAAGAGAUAAGUAUUCAUUAAUAAGAAUAUGGAAGAGUUAAUUUAUUAAAGAGGAUAGUUUGGGCAUUCGUAGCACUAAUAGAAUCCUAUUAAUUAUUAGCAGUAGUAGUCUUAGUAAACGUAUAAGUAAGAUAGAGGUAGCAGCAGUAUUUCAUAGCAAUAAUCUUUGCAAGUUAAUUUUAGAAAUACUCACAACUCAUCUGAAAGUGAUAUGAAUUAUGUUAAAACAAAUCCUAGUAUGUAGAGUGUAAGCAGUAAACAAGAUGCUUUAGGUAUUUAUAUUCUGCAAAAAAGAUCGUUUUUUUGGGAUAUUUUACUGAAAACUUAUGAGCAAUAAAAUAUUAUUGUGAAGAACGACCAAGAGAUUCUCAGUAUCAAAGAAAAGAAUGAAUUGCCUAAUUGGAGAGUAAUUAAAACUGAUGCUUUGAGAACAAGACCUUAACAGUUUGAUGAUGAUUUAAGGGAAAAAUUGGAGUUAAUACUUACCUUCUAUUGUGUGAAAAAAAACAUCACUUACAAGCAAGGACUUAACGAAGUUGCUGGUCCCUUUGUUUUCUUCUUAAAAACUAACAACACUUCGAUAUCUACAGUUUACAAUUAUUUUCAAAUUUUUAUGGAUAGAUUCAUACCUACUAUUUACAACGAUGCUGAAUUCAAUGGCUUACAAUGCUAUUUCAAUUUGUUUUAACUGCUUUUAAAAUACCAUGAUCCUUAACUAUACAAUUACCUAUCAGAGAAUUUUAUCACUCCUGAAUUGUAUUCUACACCUUGGUUCUUAACACUUUUUGCAAAUAAAAUGUCGUUAGAAUUAAUUUAUUACUUUUGGGAAAUAUAUAUUGUUGAAAAUGAUCGCAAUUUUGUAUUUUUUAUUUCUUUGGCAGUUCUCCUCUACAAAAAAGACUCUUUUCUGAAAUGUGAUCCUGCCUUGCUGCCUCAAAAGCUCACCCAAAUAUAAAUAGAGUCUCUUGAUGAUAUUAAAUUUAUUUAUUAAAAGGCUCUCUAACUAAAAUCAAGCACUCCCAUUUCUUUCGGAUUAAAAAUCCACAGCAUGUAGCUCUUUGAUAAAUAAAAAUGUUGCUAAAACCAAGAUUAAUUCUUCUAAGAAAUGAAAGAGUAUUCGUAAGAAAUAGAAAGAGUUAGUACACUACCUAUUCACCCAUUAGAAAUACUCAAAUAAUAAUAUGAAGAUAAAUUUUAGUGUUGCAAUAUUUACUGUGUGAGAAAUGACUACAUAUUUAAUGAAUUAAAAAACCUUGAAUAAUAAGAAUAGAUGGGAUUAAAUUAUUACUUUUAACUUAAGGAAUAAAUGAAAACAAGUAUGUAUUAAAAAGAAUGUGAAUAUUGCAGGUAAGAUAUUGAUAAUAGAAAUGAAAUAAAAGGCUUUCUUAAGGAUAAUCCUAUUCUAAAUGAUCUUUUAGAAAUAUAAAGAGAUCAUUACAAAUCUAAAAAGAACCCUUAUACCAACCAAAUUCAAGGAAGAUAUAAUAAUUACUUUAUUUUAGAUUUAAGAAGAUCAAAAAGCACAGGCAAAGUUAACUCUCAUUUUGUAAGUUCUUUGUCAACUACAAAUUAAGCUUUAAAUCAACAAAUAGCAGAAUAAUUUUGUUAAUAAUAUGAAAGUUCCAAAUAUUAAAAACACUUUUUAUUAUUGAUAAAUGAUGUUAAAUCUGCUUAAUUAGCUUCAAAUGAAGAGGAAUAAGGCGGUGAUAUUUAAGAACAAAUGAACUUGAGCGAAGAAAUGGCUUUGGAUUAUGAUAUUACUAGAGUGUUUAUAUAAACGUUUAACAAAUUCAAAUUUCCAUAUAUAGGAGUUAUCGAAGGUGGCUUCAAAAUGUUGCAUACUAUGAUGCUUAUAUAAAAAAUAGAAAUACAAGAGCAUAAUUCUAAAAUUUGUCACCUUUGUAACAAACAACCACCAAAAAAAAUAGUAAAGAGCAAAUCAAAAAAUAUCUUUGAAAGAAUAGCAGAUGUUUUUGCUUUUAACAAUGACGAAGAAGAGACCUAACAACAGAAACAAAAAAAUAGUCAAUAAAAUUUCAAGGAGCAAUAAAGCAAUGGGUUAUUCUAAAUAGAUUGUAGAUAAGCUUCUGCAACAAUUACAACAACUAAUACCAAUAAUUAACCAGUUCAAAUGCAAACUUAACUUUUUAACAGGUAAGAAACUCUUUCCAAUUUUGUUGAUGUUGAAAAUGAUGAAUCAUAAAGACAUAUUUAACAUGGAACGUUCUAAGUAAAACACUCAACUCCUCACAAAUAGACCUACUAACAAUAAUAAUAAGCAAGAGACAGUUUUAUUUAAACUUCAUAAAACAUUUAGUAAGUAUCGCCUCGACCAACUUAAAACAGUCAGUAAUUAAUAUAAAACACCACAUUUCAAAGUAAUGCAAAUAAUAGCUAAUUAUCAUAAAGCCCAAAUAUACCGAAUUCUAAUUUUAUCAACAAAGGAGCAACUUAACCAUAAAUAGGAUAAAAUAAUAGUUUAAAUAUUCAUAAUAUAGCUUCAUAAUCUUCAAUUAAGAAGCAAUUAAAUUGUACUGUUGAUUCAACUACUUAAAGAAACAGUUAUUCUAGUAAUUCAAAUUCGAUCAAUUCAGCUCAAGUAAAUAAUUUAGUAGGAAGAACCUCUGUUUUAAGUUAGGGUGGUAUGAAUAAUACUUACCAAGCAAACCCAUCUUCUUAAAUUCCUCAAUAAAAUUGCUUAAAUUUAAAUGCAUAACAGAAUAUGAGCUCUAUCAUUGGAUUUUAAAAUGGUUUAUAAAUGAAUCAAAAUUUAAAUGGAUAACAAAAUUUUAUUGAAUUUUAAACUAUUUAAAACACCAACAUAUAAUAAAAUAACUAAAAUGUUAAAGUUAAUGGAAAUACUCAAAAUAUUAAUGUAUAAUAAAGUACUUUUAACUCUAUUUAAGCAUAGUAGCCAAAACAAUUAUAAAAGGAAAAUUCAGUAAAUUCUACUUAAAUUAAUAACAACACAAAUUCAAGAUUACCUAACCAUAGUCAGCAAUUCUAUUAAUAUAAUAAUAACUAUGUAUAAUAGUUAAAGAGAGAGUUCUCAUCAAAUUAGAUUAAUUAGAGAGAAAAUAGCCAAAAUAAUGUGACUGAUAGAAGAGAAGCAUCUGUUAAGAGUAAAACAAGUGCAUUAUCAAAUAAAAAUAAACCAUCUUGCUCACCAAAUAAUGCACAUAAGACCAAUUCAACAUUUGUUUCAUAAUUCAAUGCAGAAAAUGUAUAGAGAAAAAAUCACAAAAGCUUGCAUUAAUUUUCAAGUAAUACUCCUAAGUCAUAGAUAUCGUUAUAAAAUAACUCAUAGAGUAAGUAACCUCUUACAACAAAUGCUGUUACACCUUAAAAUAAAUAGUCUAAUGGAAACUAAAACAUCAAUAAUAAUAAUGAUAACAAAAUUUUAAACAAUUUAAAAGAACAAUUUAAUUCAUUUUAAAUGAAUUAUUAAUAGCAAUAGUAAAAAUCAAGUUAAUUAUUAUAACCAUCAGCAGCUCAACAAAAUACAAAUUAAAAUAAUUUAAAUGUACUUUCUAAUAUUAAUAAUAUAAAAAAUGUUACUGUGUUUACAUAAUCAAGCUAAGCAGUGACGACUCCUAUUAAAGCAAAGUAGAAUGAUUAAUCUAAAUCACUUAAUUAAUAAAUAGGAAAUAAUGUAUUCACUAAGUACUAAAACACUAAUAAUACUCUAAGCAACAAUACAUCUGGUUUACACAGUAAUUCUACACUUUAAUCACCAUUUAAUGGAAGUUAAAUCAGCUAACUAAAUGGGUAAUUAAGCACUAACGCUAAUUAAGAGAGUAUUUCAUUUACAUCAGUAAGUAAUUAGAAUACUAACUAAUUAACAAGAGUAGGUGGAGUAAAUUACAGUAGCUAAACCCACUAGAGUAACAAUAAACCAAAUAACUAAAUGGUCAGUGGUACUAAUUCAAAUAAAUCGCAAUUAGUUAAUAUGACUGAUAAGACACCAUCUAAAAAAUAAGAUUUAAGUUAGUAUGAAUAAUCAAACUAAUAAAGCAAAAGAAUAGCACUUGUUUCUUUGACUGGUACACCUUAAAGCAGAGUAAUGGUUGAUAAUUAAACUAGUCAGUUAACUAUUAACAGUCAUGUAACUAACACUAACAAAUCAAAGCAGAGUAUGGUUUCAUGCACAUAACAGAAUAGUAUACCAACUUCUGAUUUCGAGUGCGAUUAGAUUAACAGAGAUUCCAAACAAUCUCAACAGAAUUCGAAAAAUGUAUCUCAAAAAUCUCUUUCUUCUAACACGAGAUUCUCUAAUUAAGAAAAUAACAAAAUAGAAAAUCCUUAAUAAAUUGCAAAAAACUCUCUUUAAAGCAAUUAACCAUUAUAUUAAAAUUAGCCACCUCAACAACAGUAAAAUUAAUUUGUGCGCUAAAGCAAUAAAAGUUUUCAUACAAUUUAAACACUUCCUUAAUAAAUACAUCCUAUGAAUUUUAGUUAAAUUUAACCAAUUCAACAAAAUAUUAUAAAUCAAUAACUGUAAAACCAAAUUAAUGGAAAUAUUUCAAACAUUCAAAAUGUGAAUAAUCUUUCAGAUUUACAGAAAUUAUAAGUUGUCUCUCAGUCUGUGAAUGCUUCUAUAUAAUAAGCAGCAGCUAAUGUUGCAAACCUUUAAUAAUAAGCAUCUUAAGUUUAAUUUAAGCCUUAAAAUAAUGUAAGCAAUGGUAAAGGACUAUUUUCAUCUAAUGAUUUUACUAUUGCUGGUUAGCGUCCAUCAAUCCCAAUCAGCAAUAAUAGUACUCCUUUAAAAAGAAACUCUCAAACAAAUUCAAAUACUUCAUAGCAAUUUAGCUAUAAUCCAAAUAUUUCAAACACAUCUUAAAAUCAAAGAUUUGGAAGUGUUUCUUCAUAACAAAGUAUUUAAAUUUAAAAUUAGCAAAAUUCAUCACAGCAAUUUACAAAUAUAUUAAUGAGCUAACAAUAUUAGAACAUCCAGGCUUUCUCAGAUUAGCUAAGGUCUAAUGACUCACUUUAAAUGCCAAACAAUCAUUUUUGUUCACAGUAAACCAAUUCUUCUAAUUAAAAUUUUAGUAAAAAUAUCCUGUAACUUAACCAAAACCUUACAAACAAAACAUAAGAGCAAUAAAUAAAAAUUUAAGAAGAUUAAAAAAGAGGAAAUGUAGAUUUUAGCAAAAAAGAAGAGAACUUAACUUCUCUACUUAAAAGAUAUAAGAAAAGCGGACUUUUUAAAUCAUGCGUUUUACCUUUACAAUAACACAAUGCAUUCUUUGAAAUUUUUGAAAGAAAUAAGUUUAGCUUUUAUGUUUGUGAUAGGCUAAAAGACUAAAAUGAAGAAGACUGUGAUAAAAAUUAAGAAAUUUAUACUCAAAAUAAGCACGAAUUCAAUAGAACAGCUCCUAAAACAUCAAAAAGCAUUUUGGUAGUAUCAACAGAAUAUGUAAUGAGUUUGAAACAUAGUCCUGCUUUAGAACAAAAAAUAUAGAGUUUAAAAGAUGAUCAAUAAAGAAUAAUGAAAUAACUACUACAAGAUGGAGUUGCUAAUAAAUAAGAAAAACCAGUUUCAGCAGGAUUAUAAAACGUAUUCGGUUAGAAUGCAAAAAUUAAAUCAAAAGAAAAUAUUUUAGGAGCACAAUAAAAUAAUUAGUUAUCUACUUAGAUUAUAUUCAAUGGAGAAUUAAAAAUAAAGAGCUUUUUCUUAAUGAAAACUUUAUUAAAAAUAACAUCUAAAAAGCAUGAUAAGCAAAUGCAUUCAUUUUAUUUUAAACUUCCUCAAAUAAUAAACAAAAAUUAUGAAUUAAUUCCUGAAUACACUAGUAUGAUUAGCAAUUUUAAUUUUGAUACUAUUUAUGAUUUGAUAGUUAACAGAAACCAAUCUAAGCUAAUAUCUCACAUCACAGACAAAUCAAAAAACUAAGAUUUUGUAGAAUGCAAAAUUACACUAAAAAUAUAUGGCGAAGAAAAUGCAGCUGAUUGUAUCAAGAUGUCAUAAAAUUUCUUUUAAAUUAAUAAGCAUAAUGUUAUAGUUUGA